UAUUCAACCCCCAACCCUUCGUUCACAUAAUUGAGUAUUACAACCAGGGAUUUUAUCAAUUUAACUGAGAAUUUUCAUUUCUGAAUCACAUGCUGUUUUUUCACAGUAGAGCCCAAAAAAAAAACCAGGGAGAAUUGUAAAGCAUGAAAAACUAAAAAUUCAAACAUUGAAAUGUCAGCAGUGCAAAAUUAUUCAUCCCCCUUUGCUGAGCAUUUAGUUGAACCACCUCUCACGGCUACACAGCCAGAAGUCUUUUUGGCCACGUCUCUACAGUUGGCCCUCCUUAUCCAUGAGUUCCGCAUGCACGAAUUCAACUGACCGCGAAUCAAGAAAACCUGGAAGUGCUCUUCCAGCAUUUGUUUGAUCCUUCGAUGGAACGAAGCCUCCGUGUCACCCGAGGGAUAACAACAUGCCUACAGCCACUGCAAGAUUUGUUUGAUGAUGCAAAGGAAGAGACAGCUUCCUAUGACGUUUCUAACUAGUCUGUAAUUCUGAAGUCUCAACGUACAAUGCUUGAAGAUUCUCAGCCCUCAACCUCCACAGUUCUUGACUUUAGUGCUAUUGAGCCUCCUCCAAAGCAUCCUUAUUCCCUAAACAAGACAGUGUAACAACUAUUGUACAGGUAUUACAAGUUUUACUCAUUGUUUGAUCAUUGUUCGCUUCACGUCUUGUUCCUUCGUUGCUUGUGUUGUGAGCGAGAGGAACACGUAGCUUUUUUUGUUGUCAAUAUUCCCUAAACAUUACAGUAGAACAACUAUUUACAUAGCAUUUACAUUAUAUUAGGUAUUACAAGUAAUUCGGAGAUGAUUUAAAGUAUAUGGGAGGAUGUGCGUAGGUUAUAUGCAAAUUCUCUGCCAUUUUAUAUAAGGGACUUGAGCAUCCGCGUUUUUUGGUAUCCGCGGGGGGUCCUGGAACCAAUCCCUCGCGGAUGAGGAGGGCCGAUUGUAUUAGCUUCACACAACAAGAUGCAUCAAGGUUUGCCCAAUCUUCCUUACAAAAUUGCUCAGGUUAUUUGGGGAGCGGUAAAGGACUUGCCAGAGAUGUUCGAUUGGGUUGAGGUCAGGACUAUGACUGGGCCACUCAAGGACAUCAAUUUUCUUCAUCUGAAGCCAUUCCAUGGUUGCUGACAGUGUGCUUUGGGUUGUUGACCCAAGACGAACUUCCUCCCCAGUUUAAGCUGGGGGCGAGUAGCUUUUUAAUCCAGGAUCUCUCUGUAUUUAGCAGCAUCCAUCUUCCCAUCAAUCCUGACCAGAUUUUCAGUUCCUGCUGCUGAGAGCAUCCGAUAGCAUGAUGCUAUCUUCACCAAACUUUACAGUAGGGAUGGUGUCACCUGGCUCAUGUGCACAUGGCUCAUGCCACACUUACCGCUUCGUGUUGAGGCCAAAAAGUUCCAUUUUAGUCUCAUCCAACCACAAGACCAUCUUUUAUAUCUUUAUAAUAUCUUCUAAGUGAUACUUUGCAAAAUCUUUAUGGGCAAGGAAACACAUUUUUUUAGUCCAGGCCUCUUCCUUAAGUACCUUUUUUGUGCAAGGCCAUAGAGAGAUUGUGGAGCCAUGAACUUCAUCUCUAGAUGCAGCCACUGACUCCUGCUGCUCAUUCAGAGUGACUGUUGUCGUCACAGUGGCCUCUCUUACAAGUGCCAUUCUUCUCCAGUGAUUAACUUUAAGGGGCGGCCUGACCUAGGCAGAGUGGCUGUGGUUUCAUAUUUUUCCACUUUUUCACGAUGGACUGUACUGAGCUCCGGGGUAUCUUUAAUGCCUUUCUGUUGUCAUUUGUGCUUCUCUAUUAUCAUUUCCUUGACUUGCCUUGAAUGCCCUUUGUCUUCAUUUCGGUUUGGCUUGUUGAAAACCUCUCAUACUGUUUCACCUUAGAGAAGGUAUUUAUUCAGAUGACCCUACGUCAACAAAUUGGGAGAGUUGGUGAGGUAGUACUGUACAUUGCACCUGAGAAUAGUUAACAUAGUAAUUACAAAGGGGGUGAAUACUUUUUCCGUCUCACAAAUUUGUUUUUUAAUUUUUAGUAAAUUGUUUGCACAUUUUGGAAUUUUUCUUUUGAUUUGACAUGUUUUGUAGAUUAGCUCAAAAUCCUACUUCAAUAUAUUUAGAUUUAGAAAAUGAGAGAGUAUGAUGUGAAAGUAGUUUUGGGGGCUGAAUACUUUUUCAAGACACUACAGGAGGGAGAUUAAAAAUCUGGCAGAAUGGUGCCACAACCCCUCAGUGUCAGCAAAACCAAACAGCUGAUUAUUGACUACAGGAGGAGUAAGCCAUGAGUCAGUCCUCAUCAGGGGAUCAGAGGGUCAGCAAGUUAAAAUUCUUAACUGUUACAAUUUCAGAGGAUUUGUCCAUGUAAUUAUAAAGAAGGCAGGCUGAACUUUUACUUUCUUAUAAGUUUGAGAAGAUUUGGCAUGUUAUCUGAAUCUUUGACAAACUUCUAUAGAUAUGCAGUGGCGCAUUUACUGACUGGUUGCAACACAGCCUGGUAAGGAAACACCAGUGCCCUUUAACAGAAGCAGUGGAUAUGGCCCAGUCCAUCACAGGAAAAAACCCUGCUAAUCCAGCACAUCUACAAGCAGCCCUGCCACAGGAAAGCAGCAUCCAUCAUCAGGGACCCCCAUCAUCCAGGCUCUGCUGUCUUCUGGCUGCUGCUAUCUGGAAGGUCUAUAGGAGCCUUAGGUCCCACGCCCCCAGGUUCAGGAACAUUUAUUACCCCUCAAUCAUAAGGCUCUGGAGCCAGAGGGAAGAAUUUCACUCAACUUCACUCACCCCAGCACUGAACUGAUCCUAUAACCUAUGGAUUCACUUUUCAAGGGACCCUCCAACUCGUUCUCAAUAUUUAUUGAUUAUUUAUUUAUUGCUGAUAUUGUUUUGUUUUCUUCUCAUACAGUAUUUGCACACUUUGUUGCCUUGGCAGUUUGUCCAUCUUUGUUUUGUAAUGUCUUUCAUUGAUGCUAUUCUGUUUCUUUGUACUUGUCCACAAGAAAACGAAUCUCAGAGUGACAUGCAUGUCCUUUGCUAAUGAAUAUACUUUGAAAAUGGGAAAUUAGAUGUCAGUAUUCCGAAUCCUUGGACCACUGCUUCCAGUGACGAUGUUGGGAGCCAAUACAACCGGGUCUGCGUCCAAGUUCCUGCUUCCGCUAAUGUAACCGGUGCUCCUCCCCAUGGGGCCCCACGCUCCAGGCGCAGAGGGGUUGACGCUUCGCCCCGGAGCCGGAGCCCCCGGCUGGGCGCUGCUCUCGACCAGGGUCGGGGCAGCCUCCGUCGCCGUGGGCGGGGCCGGCCGUUGAAGGAGUGCUUCCGGGGUCAGCGCCGGGGAUGGCGGGAGACCCGGAACAGAAUGGCGGAGGUGGCGGAUGUGAGUGAGGCUCGGAGCCGGGAGCAGUUGUCGUUGUGGGAGCGCGGCCCGGAGCCCAGCGCCCCGCUCACCGACGCCCAGCGGCGCAGCGUGGCCGAGCUCCGGGCUGCUGCCGACAACACGCCCUUACCGGCCGAGUUGCCAAUUGAGGAUAUUUGCAGCCUGACAUCCCGAUCCAUCACUGUCCCUCUUACUGCUGCAGUUCCUGAAUCCACUGAGGAUGUUCUUCUCAAAGGCUUUACCACCUUGAACAUGGAAAAUGAGAAGAUUGAAACCGCCCAACAGUUCUUUUCCUGUUUCUCCAAAAUUCAGACGCAAAUGGAUCAAGAUGAGGAAUUAAAAUACAGAGAAUUGAGGGAUUAUCUCUAUGGCUUUCAGGAGCAGUGUGAUGCAAUACUGAAUGACGUAAACACAGCCUUGCUGCACUUGGAGUCUCUGCAGAAGCAGUACCUAUUUGUAUCAACUAAAACAGGCACGCUUCACGAAGCCUGUGAGCAGCUCCUGAGAGAACAGUCUGAGCUAGUUGACCUCGCUGAGAGUAUUCAGCAGAAGCUUUCAUAUUUCAACGAGUUGGAAAACAUAAAUGCAAAACUGAACUCACCCACAUUAUCAGUGAACAGUGAAGGAUUUAUACCAACUCUUGCCAAGCUGGAUGACUGCAUCACCUAUGUAUCUUCACACCCCAGUUUUAGAGAUUAUCCUGUUUAUUUAGCAAAAUUUAAGCAAUGCCUAUCCAAAGCCAUGCAUCUCAUGAAGACUUAUACUGUGAAUACACUUCAGAACCUCUCCACUCAACUAACAAAAAAAGAUCCCACAGUUAUAUCGAACACUGAUAAUGCCUUUACAUUGUUUUAUGUGAAAUUCAGAUCUGCAGCACCUAAAGUACGGUCUCUGAUUGAACAGAUCGAGCAAAGAACUGAUAAAAGCCCUGAGUAUCAGCAACUAUUGAGUGAGGUCCAUCAGUGUUACCUGGAUCAGAGGGGAUUUCUGCUGGGUCCAAGCAUUGCCACCACUAUUGCUGACCUGACCAGCCAAAAUAACAAGGAUCACUGUGCUCUGGUUCGCAGUGGGUGUGCUUUUCUGGUUCAUGUUUGUCAGGAUGAACAUCGGCUAUAUAAUGAAUUUUUUACAAAGCCAACAUCCAAACUAGAUGAGUUGUUGGAGAGGCUGUGUGUCUCAUGGUAUGAUGUGUUUCGACCACUCAUUAUCCAUGUCAACCACCUGGAGACUUUGUCAGAGCUGUGUGGAAUCUUAAAAAAUGAAAUGCUGGAGGACCACGUGCAGAACAACGUGGAGCAGCUGGGUGCCUUUUCUACAGUGGCAAAGCAAAUGCUGGAAGAUGUACAGGAGCGACUGGUAUACAGGACUCAUAUCUACAUUCAGACUGACAUUGUGGGUUAUAAACCGGCACCCGGUGAUCUGGCAUACCCAGACAAACUUGAGAUGAUGGAGCAAAUUGCACAGAGUUUGAAGGAUGAACAAAAGAAACUGCCUGCAGCUGCUACGUCUUUGACAGAAGUUCAGCUUGAAGAUCCUGAUUCAAAAAAUGUUAUUAAAUCAGGUAACUCAGAAGUUCUGAAUCCCCGGCCUCAGUCGGUUAUUUCCCCAGCCGAUUUGCAUGGCAUGUGGUAUCCUACAGUUCGCAGAACACUGGUUUGUCUUUCGAAACUUUACAGAUGCAUCGAUCGGACGGUGUUUCAGGGUCUGUCACAGGAAGCUCUGUCUGCCUGUAUCCUCUCAUUACUGAGUGCUGCUGAUUCAAUCACUAAAAACAAGACUCUGAUGGAUGGACAGCUCUUCCUUAUCAAGCAUCUUCUGAUCCUUCGGGAACAGAUUGCUCCUUUCCACACUGACUUUGCCAUUAAGGAAAUUUCCCUGGACCUGAAAAAGACUAGAGAGGCAGCAUUUAAAAUGCUGAAUCCCAGAUCUGUCCCCAGACUAUUCAGAUUGAGCAGCAACAAUUCCAUUCUCGAAUUCCUGCUUGAGGGCUCUCCAGAGAUCAAGGAACAUUACAUUGACUCGAAAAAGGAAGUCGACCGUAAUUUGAAGUCAGCCUGUGAGAAGUUCAUUCAGCACCAAACCAAGAUCUUUGUAGGACACCUGGAAGAAUUUAUGACCAAGGUGUCAGCACUAAAAACCAUGGGUCAUCAGGGCGGGCCAAAGUACAGCCUCACUCAGCAGCCCUGGGCACAGCCAGCAAAAAUCAAUGAUUUAGUGGCCUCCACAUACAAAACAAUUAAAGGCAAGCUCCCUGCGACUCUGAAAAGUCUGUCUUUGUAUUUGUCCAAUAAGGAUACAGAGUUCAUCCUAUUUAAGCCCGUGCGGAGCAAUAUCCAACAGACAUUCCAGAAACUGCAAGGGCUAUUACAGGAAGAUUUCAGUGGUGAAGAUUUGCAGAUCAUAGCUUGUCCUUCCAUGGACCAGGUAAACCUGUUGUUGUCGGCUUCUAAUUAGAAUCGUUAUCACACAGUGGAGAGGAAAUGGGGUUAGCUGAAACUGGGCAUUAACUGAGCGAUGGAAGGUCCUUAAAGUGAAACGGCUGGCUGAAAAGGAUUUUGAGGAUCACUGACUAUAAUCUGUAGCCACCACAGAACUGUGUGGAAAAGUUAAGGGUGUUUGGUGAAGAACUUGACAUUACAUCAUUUACCUAUUCAGCUCCUCAAAACCCAAGGUUUGCCGUGAACGGAAAAUCACCCUAUUUAUAAUUUCAGGUGAAGGAUCACCUGACGUACAGUGAGUUCUUUAAUGUCUGACCUGCCUACCAAAGACUGCUUCAUCACUGAAACGCUGGGGUUUCUUAAACAGGCUUCUCAUUUCUCAAAGUCUGAAUGUUUUUUUUAUUGAUUGGUGUGUGUAUUUAUAUGUUUUCUAUAUACAGUUGUACAUUAAAGAAGAAACAUUGGAUUUGUUACUAACAUAAUACUGACUGUAAAAGUUACACAAUGAAUAAUGUAUUAAAAGGAAGAUUGUAGUGUAUUAUAACAGAGGGAAGUUCAGAUUGACUUUCUCUUUAGUCUUGUGUAAUCCACAAAAUCAGCUUGUUGCUUUUUUGUUGUAGUUCUCUUGUCAGGAUGAGGGUUGUUUGUGGAUUCACAAGAGUCUGCAGAUGCUGGAGUCCAGAGCACACAGUCUGCUGGUGGAGCUCAGUGGGUCAGGCAGAAUCAUUGGAAGGAAAUGUGGACCGUCAGUGUUUCAGAUCGAGCCUGCAAUGUUGACUGUUCAUUUCCUUCCAUAGAUGCUGCCUGGCCCGAUGAGCUCCUUUGCUGUGGCGUGUUAGUGUUAGGGAAUGGGACUCUUCCCAUCUCAGAUAUCCUGUACAAUAUCAAACAGUAGCACAGAGUUCCCGCUCCUCUGCCUCAAACCCAGUCUGGAACACUCAAAUAGACCUUCACAAAUGACCCUUCCCGUUGCCCAGCCUUUGGAAUAUCAUUGGCAGAGACACUAAAUUAACAACUGGAUGGAAACUGCAUGGACUGAGGUUAAUCCAGGUUCCAAAAGUGAAGGUCAGUGUCCCAACCAACAUGAUGCAUGUUCAGGGGCAACAGAUCCAACUGGUGGUUCAGACAAGAGAUUAGGCAGUGUAUUCUUUAAUGCAUACUUAGUAGCUGACAUAACUCCCUUUACUCAGUUACCAAGCCUCUGCUGAUUGGUUGGUUUACUAUUGUACGUGAAAUUUAAUUCCAUUUUCGCUGUCCUGCAUGAGUUUGAUGCAAGUCUCUCAGCUGAAAUCAUGUACACUCAAUAGGGGAGUAUGGUUUUCUAUGCACUAUCUAUUCACUGAUUGCUGAAAGUAUAGCUAACAGUAUACUGUAAGUCACAGGAAAAGCUGUAGCAUCGAUUGGCAUGAAGAUCACUUACUGUGGAAGGCUUCCAGAGAAACAAAACACAAUCGCAGAUGCAAAUACUUGUUCUAUAAAUAUCCAAAUGUGGCAAGUCUCACUCUCCUCUUAAACUGCAGUAAUUUGAACUUUAAAGAUCGUUUGUUAAGUAUUUUAACACUAAUCAAUUGAGAAUGUAGUGUUGGAGUAGAUGAUUAAAUUGGAAUUACAAUGGUUGUAACACAAAAUUGAACUUUUUAAUCCUGUAGAGUUUACACCAGUUCUAUCUAAGAAUAAGACUUCAGUCCUACACCCCACCCCCAAUCCCCCCUCCUCCUGGCCUGAAAAUUCUUUCUUUUGGGCAUUUUCAUGGACAAGUCAGUUGCAGCCCCCUUAUCACUGCUAAAUGAAGAGUUGCCUUAAGGUAUUAAGUUGGAUGUAAUUAACUGCUCUCUCAAUCAAAGAUUAAUUUCAUACAUCAAUCCUGAAAUGAAAACAGCAAAUUAGUUUACUAUCUGAUUACCAAUGCUUGUGCAAGUUUCACUUGUCCCAGUUUGCUUCCAAUUUUCGAUCUAGACCUCCAAUGUUAAUAAGGGCAGUAAUGUAUAAAUGAUUUAUGAAGAAUCACUUGUCAUUCUGUCAUCUACACAGAAAAAUAAUUGUCUGAAAUGCUCAACUGAAAAAUGAUAAAGCUGUGUGUGCAGUGGGGAAGUUGUCACAUUUGGCAGCUGGUUUCAGUGGAAGGUUUUGGAUUUGAGUAUCCGCUUCCAAUGAGUCCAUUUCCUCUCUGCGACUUCUGUCCGAUAGGCAGACACCAGGAAGAACAUUGUUCACCCAUGCCCAGUGAUGGGUAACAAUACCGAGGCUCCUUUUCCUCCCAAGGUGCUAUGUUGACGUGAGUUACUCUGGGUAUAAGAUACCCUGACUUACUUCUAACACUGAUGUGAUUCAUUCUCAUCCACUUAGUUGCCGAGUUGAACAUUCUAUGGGAUUAAAAAUCCAAAAAGUUUUCAGGUUGUCUUAUUUGAAACGCGCUCUGAAAACAUGAAUGUAUAUGUUGUUAAGUAACGAUGAUUUUCUCUAUAAAAUAAUUAGGGGGAAAUGCACAAUGUACAUAGUUGGGUUCCUUUUAUGGAACAAAAUGACAUUUUAUUGUUGUGUAAAUAAUUGUGGGCAAAAGUUAACAGUUAUCAUAAAGGGUAUAUCUGCAUUUUAUACUUUAGAAGCUUUUUUUUUUGUUUUGACUCCUAGUUGAUGCUUAAAUCUACUUCUGAGACAGAUACAAUGAGCAAGAACCCAGUUCACUGAAUCUGAUUACUUUUGGGUGUUUUAAAGGCUUUACAUAAUGUAAAUUGUAUGUACAGAGAGAUUAAUAAUAUAAACAUGCCUGUCCCCAUAGUUUCUCAAUGCAAUCUGAUAGUUUUAAUAAAAUGUUUUUAAUAACUUGCA